UAUGUAAGCUUGUGUACAAGAGUGGAAACACUUUGGAGUUUAAGUUGUUUCUAGGUAAACUGUUUUUGAGAGUGGUCUAGCUCUGUCUUGACUCGGUGUCGUUACCCUCUGUUCUAGGGUGAAUUUUGUACUGAAGUGUUGAAAAUUGAGAUUACACUUAUUAAAAAAAAUUAAGUAGUUACAGGAAUUCCUCUCCUAAAAAUAUUUUGCAGAUGAAACUAAGCCAAUUGUCUCUGGGAAAACAAUUCAGGACAAACCAUACCAUUGCGUGUAUUACAGUAAGCAUAUGCACAGCUCAUCUCUUCCAGAUGGGGAUCAUCUGAUCAGCCCUGCAAUGUGCAGUGCUACCCUGUUUUAAGGCUGCAAUUAAUUUUCUAAGCGAUGUUGUGCUGCAUCAGGAAACACAACGAUUGGACCUGCCCUUUUAUAAUUGUACUCACAAGGUGAGUGAGGGGUGCAGAGCCCUGGGCUCAGAGGGGCACUCUGUGCUGGCUGGGACUCGGGCUCUUUCUGCUGCUGCUGCUGAUCUUACCCACAGGGUCAAAUAAUGAGCUCUCGUGAUGCAGCCGCCAGAGGGCAUCUUCAGUGUAAGCGGAAAUAAUCAGAAAAGGUAAACACCCAUUCAUAGUAUGUCAUUGUGGUGCAUUUAUAGUUACCUGUUAUUAAAAGCAAAACCUUAUCCUGCCUUUGCAUAGUACAGUGCAAGUGCUCACAUUUCUCAUAAUAUGUUUUUACUCAUCGGUGAGAUAACAAUAGGAUUGUCUUUAUCGGACGAAAAUAAAAACUGUAAUUUUCUUUCGAUUAAUGAAAUGCGUAAGGAUGUCUUCACUGCACAGAAGACAAGGGGAAAAAAAAGGAAAAAUAAAAGAAUCUAAUAAAAACCACAAUGUUACCAAAAACACAAAUGCUCCAGGCAGGGUCAGGGAGAAUUGACAAGUAACUUGUGUGGGACAGAUGAACACAAGAGGAGCCAAACAGCAAGGGAAUUCUGGAAAAAGUCAAGCAGGCUGCAAACAGUCAACAGAGGCCAGAGUUAUAAACCUUUUCCUCAUUAACUCAAAGCCUCUCUAUUUCCAUGUAUUCUUGGGAGAAUCCUUUUUAUUAUUAUUAUGUCUUCAUAAGAGUCAAGACAAUUGAAAAUAUAUUCAUUCAAAACACAGUGUAAAAGGAACAAAUACCUUUUCAGGAUAUAAAUAAAUCUCUGAAAAUAAAUUAGUAUCUUGGGGGCUAGACGAAAAAUCACAAAAACUACAACACAAAACUAUGCAAAGUAUUUAGAGUAAUAUAGAAAAGGCAGCUCAUUUGUGCAAAGUUCGUUCAAGAAAACCUUACAAUGAUCAUUAAAGACAACUUCUUGCUCCGCAAGUCAAUAUCCAAAUUACUAAUACAGAUGCAACAGGUGGGAGGAGAGACCCACAGAAAUUGUUAUUUUUUCUGCUUUUCUCUGUCUGUAGUACAGCUUGAAUAUAAUUAAUAAAUUAACCAUAACCCACAGAGCAUAUUAGCGCUUCAAGUCGCAGAAACUUUUUGCAUCAUCCCUUUUGGCCAAAGAGAAUCAUCUUGCCAAUGUAUUUCAGACUGUUGUGUUCACCUCUUGUUCUGCUGGACACUCAGCCUUGGACUGCAUCACGAGUGCCUCAGGCCUGGCCAGCAGCUCUGACCUGCACAGCCUUGCUCUUAGAUGUGAACUACAAGAAGCAUUUGUUAAUCUCUGACAGGGAUUUUGUGACUCUUCAAAGUAAUUAGAUGAUUCACUUCUGGACCAGGCCAGAUUGCUGUAUCAGGCACAAUAAAAGACCCAAAGAGCAACCAGAACAAGUAGGAGAGUUCAUAGACAGUCAUGAAUAAAAAUACUGUAAGUCUGGAAAUAAAGUAUUUCUCUGUUUUCCACAUGCCCUAGCCUUAGGCUAAGCCGUGCACAGACAAAGACUUGAAUUUCUUGAAAAACAUCUGAUGCAGGCAUGUGUUUGCAGUUUUUGAGUAUUGCUUUGUAUGUUGAAUGAGGGCUGGGGAGAAAAAUACACUUUUUUUUUUUUUUUCCAGUUUCAGACCUGAAAUCUUUCCUCCUCUGUGUGUGGUUGGGUUUUUUGUGGUUUUUUGUUGUUUUUUUUCUUUGCAGUCUCAAGUACUUGUGAUUAUCUUCUUUUGGCAUCCAGCUCAAUGUCAGCAUGACUAUGUUUGUCACAGGUUUUGUAUGCUGCUGCAAGCAGGACUCAAAUUAGGAUUGGUGUGACCAAAGGACAAUAGCUCUGCCAACAAGACAGACUUUUUUUGAUCUAACUAGCAGAUGCUCUGCUAGCGUCUCUCACUUUUUUGCCUCUCUCUUGCCUAAAGGACUGAAACCAGCCUGUCAGUGUGAUUGUACUCACGGGAGCUACAACUGUUUGCACAAGAUCUCAGUCUAGCCUAAUACCUACUUUAAUAACUGCUUCCAACAGCUACUUGUGAAGGCUCUGGUGGUAAACUCCAUUCAAUUAUCAUAGCUUUAAAGUGGAGAUUUUUCCAGAAAUGGCUACUCUUUUUAUAGAGGCUAUUUUGCACUCUAGUGUAUUAUUUUUGAUAAUAACAAAUUGUUCCUGCAUAUAUAUCCCUGGUCAUCAAUCACUUGCAAGAAUAAUGUUGCAGGUGGGGGAGGCUAAAAAGAGCCCCUGCUGUGGUUCAAACCUUGAAUUCCAUUUUUUUCCCCUUCCCUGUUACUUGACAGUAGUUUUGGAAGAAGAAGAAACUAACAGACAUGUUAAAGACCUGGCAUAGAAUAUUGGACCAGCUUUUCAGGUGUCACUGAGGGGCAGCAGGUCCAGAGGUGUCUCUCCAGUCCAGACUUAAGAAGAUCUUAACUAGCUUUAGCUUUUCAAGCAAGCCUGAAGGCUACUGACUGCCAGUCAUCCUGACAAGGUGAUGACUGAUGGGGACAGUUAUCUCCCUCCCCUAACUUGCUGUCUGUCAUGGCGAUUGAAAAGGAAAUACAAACAUUUUUCCCUAAGGAAACAGGUUGGCAAAGGGGUUUGGGUCUGUUAAAGCUUUAGUGUUAAUGAAAUUUCAUAUUAUCAAAAUAUCAGAAAGUUGUUCCAAUGAAGAGCAGGUUCAAGCCCAUAUUGUCUGCUCUGCUUUCCUAUUUAAUUCAUGUUCUCAUGUUGAAAAAUUCACUCUAUAGCCAACCUGUAACACCACAGGGGUAAACUGCAGCAUUGCCAUUAGCUAUGAAGGGAGAAAGAUACAGUUUUUUGUUGUCCAGCUUUUCAAAGUGUAACUAGUUAAGCCCUGUAGGAUGAGUUUAAAAGUAGCAGAUUUCAGUAAUUUAACUUGUUUCUAUCUCUUUCAGAAUGCUGUUUUUAGUUCAUAGGCAAAAUUGAGCUACAUCUGACUGGUUGGUAUUCAUUAUCACCAUUAUCCAGCUUCCUGUCAUUAAAGCUAAUGCUUACGGAGGUGCCCUGCAUCUCUGAUGGAUUGAUUUUUGCACCCAUAGAAUUAUAAAACUUAAUUUUCAGACCUGCUGCAUGCCCACAGCGCAAAGGUCAAUUUGUGAUGCAUCUUCACUGCUGAAUUUUAAACCCCCAAGUGCCUUCAAGUUGAAAUUUUUACUUAGUUCACACCUUUUAGUGAACACGCUUUAGUGUAGAUGGGUGCAUGGAUCUCAGCAAAAGUUCCUGAAAGGAAAGGAUAAAGGGAAAGGAGUCACCACCACUGAACUAGAAUGCUCUUUAUGGUGACCAAGAAGCAACAGACUAUAAUCUAAGAGCUACUGUGAGAAGCUACAUGACUAAUCUGUAUUUUCACUGUGUGACUGGUAGCAGGAAGGAAGAUGUAGCACAACAGUCAAUUUAUUGGAAGAACAAUGUAGUCAUUCAUCAGGGCAUUAUUCUGAAAUAAUUUAAAUGACAGUAGAGCAGCCCACUCUUGACUUAAGAAAUCACAAGUCAUUCAAAUUCUGUAUCUAAUAAUGAAAUUGUUCCACUGACUUAGUGGUUGGCAUAAAUUACAUGUAGCUAAUAUGUUCCUGUUGCAGACCCUGAGGACUCUUUGUUUAUGCUAAAUGUGAAUGUAUUCUAGCACAUGAAUUACUAUCCUCCUGCUUGCUUCUUGGGCGCCUCCAGAAUAAGUAAUACGUUGGCAUAACUUUGCCAUUUGUCAGCCAGCAGUCUGGUAGCACAUUUGCUCGUCAAUCUAAUUUUAACCUUUUCUCAUACAAGCACUUGGUAUUUCAUGUAAAUCAACCAGACAGUCUGUCAUUCAAUAGGAUACUAUCUUCAUAGUCUUCUAAAGUACGUGCUCCAUUGUAUGCAUUCAUAUUAAGUAGCAGUGGAAAAGUAAAACUAAUAUAUUAUUUCUGGUUUCUUAAUACCAGAGUGCCAGGAAUCUCUUUAUUACCACAGCAGAGACAAAUGAUAUGUGUAGCAGAGGUUCUGGACAUUGGGCCUGGUAAUACAUUCAACACUUUCUGAAUUGAAAGGUUUGUCCUGAGUGGUAAGUAGUGCAGUGCAUGGUUAAAGGCUUCAGAGCAUAUAUUCUAGGUCUGUUUCUAUUAUCACUUUAAUUUGCAGCUAAUAAUGUUAAAAAGCACAUUCAACUGACGAAUUGGAAAAAAAAAAUUCCCCAUGGUUCCAACGAGUUUCUUGAUCAAAUAUGAUGCUGGCUGCAAAAGAGAACAUAAUUCAUUCUGAAAUAUGGAUAAGUUUGUCAAUGCUCAUUUAUUUUUAUAAUUUGUAUAAAUAACAUGGAAGGUUUAAUAGUAUAUCCUUUACUGUGUAAGGUUUUUCAGAAAUUGAUUUGGCUGUGAAAAUAAUAUGUUUGAAGUUUAGAUGCUUUGUUAGGGUUGCUGUAACUAUGCAUCACUUUAAUGUCUUUGCUUUUUAAACAUGAAUUAAGGCCAGUGUCCAUUUAUGCAGUGUAAUAAAUAACAGUAAUAAAUAAAUAAGACUCAUUCUGGCUUAUUCAGAUAUUUUACUGCUUUAUGAAUGUUUUAAAAAAGCAAUUGUAAAGUUGUAAUAAAAUGAUCUGUGGGGUUGCUAAGAACUCAGUCUCACAAAACACAUGUAACCAUUCAUUGCAUAGUAUAAUAGUUGCCUGUUUUAUUAAUUAUGGAAAUCAUAUUUUGAUAUAAAUUUUCCUUAUUGAUACUUUGAGAUUAUUAACCCUACAUUACAUUUUAUUCCACCCAGGCUUAUGAGUGAUAAAAUAGAACUCAUAUAUUUACUACUAAAUUCUGUUCUGAACAGUAAUUUCUGACACUUUACUUGGUCUGGGGCAGACCCUGAUUUCUCCCCAGCACAGUGCUCAGCAGUCCCCUUUCUAGACAGCAGAAGCAAAGCUCAUUUGCUCCUGUAGUAUCACAAAAUCCCUCCUCAGUCCAUAUGGUCUUCUGCUGCAGUUUGCUAACAGACUGCAUCAUGCUCUGAGUCCAUCCCCCUUGCCAUGCCCCUUUUCUAGCAACUCCUGUGCAAAAUUUACCUCUGUUGCUGUGGAACUAAUUCAUCUGUGUGGGGUUUCUGGGUAUGAGUUGUAUCUAAGGAUAUUUGUACAAUUUCUACCAUGAAGUUCUGUUUCUGCUUAAGGUAGCAGGGUAAUAGAAGUAAUAACAUAUAAACUGAUCCCACCACUACCUCCAGCCCCUUUUAUAUCUACACAUCAAGUAAAGGCAAUAUUUGUCCAUCAUGAUGUAAAGUGGUGUGACUUAACUUAGCACUAAUUUGACCCAAAGAUUUAACCACAGAUCAAGUAAAUAUUUUCAAAAACACAGACCUGAGGUAUUUGGACACCUUGAAUAAAUAUAUAUCAGAAGAUUCUGUCCCAUAAAAUAUUCAGGUACUUCUAUCACUUAAGUUUGCAUAGCAGGGAUAUAAAGGGGUUUAUCCUCCCUGCUCUGAUAAAGUUCUUACGCAGGAUUUUUUUUUGGCUUCUGUAUCUAGAGGUUUUAUGCCAGGCAGCUGCAGUUUUUGCUCUCAGGGAUGUAUCUAGGCAAAUUCAAUAUGGUCAGUGAGGUGGAUUGCCAUAAGCAAUGAUAGCGUUUGAUUUCACUGAGCCUGUCAAAAAUAAUUCUACAUGUAAUUUGUUCAUUGCAUGUUCAAACCUCUGGUUUACCACCACUGUUCUUGCAGCUGGGAGUUUUACCUAGUUCAGGGAAGUGUAUGUUGCCAAUAAAUGCUUGUUCUGAAGAAAAGCAGUGAAUUUCUGGGGAUUAAGGGGGUUUGCAUUUUAUUCCAGGGAAAAUAUUUUCUGGUUUUACUUAUUUUUUGUGCAUUAAGGCACCUGUAGUUGUGUUUAACAAACAUCCUCUUUCACUUCAAAUUUUCCAUGACUCUUGAUCCUUAGGGAUUACUGAAGAAGUAAAUCAAUCAACAGGAUCAAAAUUACAAAAUUACAUGUGAGAUGAAUCAAGCCUUACAGCUUUAUUUAAAAAGGUAAUUAAUGUUUUAAUUCUGUGCCUGUAUAAAGAAAAGAAAAAAAAAGUUAGUGACUUGCUACCACUGCAGACAACUUGGGUAAUAUUUUUCCCUGGAAUACAUAUCUAAGUACAAAUUCAGUUCUAGUUGUUAGCAAUAUAUUCCUCCAGGUAUCAAAGCAAAAAUCCAGUCAUGUCUAUUGGAAGGUGUGUGGAAGGCAAACACAAUAUGGAAGCGCUUGGUCUCCCUCUUUUCAUGUGAUAUUUGUAUUAAGUAGAGAGGUUUUAUUGCCACCUAUUAUUAGCAAGUCAUUCUGUAGCCAUUUAAAUUCCAUUUUUAAAGGUCCAUAAUGGAAUUCCCUAGUGUGUCACAGACCUAGUGCCACAUUGAUGGUAAAAGCUCAGGAAAAUCGUCUUUCUGAUUGGUAUUAUAUAAAUGCCUAUAAAUGCAUAUCAGCACCUGGUGCAUGGGGCUGGGCUGCUGGAUUUGUGAGAGGGCGGAGGAGAUCUCUGGUGCUGCUGAUGUGCUGGAUCUCACCUGCUGCCCUCAGGACAGCUCAGUCCCCCUUGCCUCAGCUCAGCCUCCCUUUGCCUUGUGCUCCUCAGCUGCCACAAGUGGCUUGGGCUUUUGGCACAUCGGGGAAUUGCUGCUCAGUAACCCAUGCACCGGACACAAUUUGCCAAGGCAAUUUAUGUCUCACUGUACCUGACUGUCAGUCAAAAAUGGGGAGGGCAGAAAAGUGCUGCCCACCCCACAUGGCUCCUGGCUGGAGAAGCACAGUGGGCUUUCUUGCGGUAUCCAUGUUUUUUUGGUGCUUCUGGCCUCCUAAUCAACUGCCAAUUUACGACUUCAGGUUCUAAUUAGCUUUCAGGGACAUAUCGGUGAAAAGCCAUGAUAUGGGUUUAUAGGGGGGCCACAGAUGUUACUUCUCCUUCAGAGCAAAAUUUGUGCUGUGAUAGUUUUUCUGUCCAAUUCUAAGGGAUUCUUCUCUUACAAUGUAGCCUAUUUCUUCUACUCUGACCUUACUGCUUCAUUCAUUAAUUCCAUUUUGGGUCCAUGCCUGGCUCCCUGAAGCUCUUUUGAUUGUCAUUUGUUCCCCUUCUCCCUCUGCUUUGAAACACCUCUGCCACUUGGAUGCUUCUGUGGGAAAAUUGCCUUCCACCACUGUCCUUUCACACCCCAGCACAGGCUGGACUAAACACAGAGCCGUCUCUGACCCAAGGCAACUUUCUGUCAAAAAGCAAACACAGUCAUGAGUGACACUGACAUUAAAGAAGUAACCUCUAGCAGUCUCCACGGUUUGUCUCCCUGGGCUCUGCUCUCCAAACAUGGUCCUCACUGAGUGCCACAUUGCAGUUCAAUUGGCCCCAUCUGAGAGUGGCCCAGGACAGGGACAGGCUGAGCAGAGCUCGAGUGGUGCAGAGCGUCGUGGGGAUGCACUGCAGCACCCCCAUCACCCAGCCUGCGAGGGACCCCACAGCUGCUGCAGGAACUGUGCCACCAGCUCUCAGGUGGGAGUCACCCGUAAGUGCAAGGUGGGCGAAGUUUGCUAAGGGGCUUCAUGUCUUUGUAGGUGGGCGGGGGAGAGGACAGUACAGGGUGUUUGUUCCCUGGCAGCACACCCCACAUGCCUUCAAACACGGGGAGAGCCAGCACAGGGGGUCAUUGCCUCUCCACCUAUGUGCAUCAGCCCAAAGGGCUGACAAGGCAGAGUGGAACAUGAGCUGAUUGUUAUCUUCCUACUUGGGUCUUUCAGAGAUUGGGUGGUGGCUUUGUUUAUUACUGUAGGUAGAGGGAAAAGUGGCAGUUCUGGUGGUAAGGGGUCUUCAGUUGGAACCCGUGAGGUCUGCACUGGUCUUCUCUGCCCCUGUAUCAGGGCAGCCUGGCCAUGGGGAAGGGGCCAGUGGGCUGCUGAGCCCACUGUGCCACUGCAGGGUGCCCCAGGCACUGCAGCUUCCAGCCCCACUCCAAGUAAUGUGAUUUUCCUGCCUCUUCACAAGUUUUUCUAAUCCUUCACUAGGAGCAUUCCUAACCCUACAUUAGAUCCUUAUUUCAUCUCUACCUGCUUUAAACAUGUUUUUCCUUUUCUUACAGUGCUUCCCCAGCUCCUCAUCUCCUGCACAGGGAAAUGAUGUGUACACUGGGAUGCUUCUGUUCUUUAUGCCUGGCUUCCCACCGAGUACCUUAGAAGAAAGUGUUACAGCUGUUUGCUGUUCUGAUUCACAACCCAGCUGGCACUGAUGCUUCCUUGUGCAUUCCCUAAGACACUCGGCAAGCCUGGAGAAUCCACAGAGAAAAAUGAAGUUAGAAGGAGGAGGAUGGUGGUGUGCUUUUAAAAAGGAGGCUUGGCUUCAGGGCUGACAAGCAGCAGGGCAGCUGCCACACGGAGAAAGACGGAAAGACAGAUCCAGCAGAAAGCUGGGCUGCAGCGCAAGAAUGGCUGUGAUGUUGGCAAGUCUGCUCUGCACCCGAAAAACGCGCAAGUGUACUGGGGAACGGCAGUUGCCCUUACGAGUUUCCCUACACAUCAGGAAAUCUGAAAAAAUGGGAUUUUUACAUCUCUCCAGCCAGCACUGAAAACGAAUGGGGAUUGAAUUGCUUUGCCUCUGUUUCCUAUUCCUGCAAAGAAAUAACUAUGUGCAAGGGACCUGUUCGCAGGAAAGCACAGUGACUUGUGAAGAUUGUUUGCUUUCCGGACCGCACUGCGCUUGGUGUUUGCAAGAGAAUUACACAGACUCGGCUGGAAUUCAUGGGAGGUGUGAUACCCCAGAAAAUCUUUUGUCAAAAGGAUGCCAGUUGAAUUUGAUUGAAUUUCCCAUUUCAGAAGUAGAAAUUCACAGAAACAAGCCCCUAACUAUAUCAGUCCAGAACAAUUCUGAUGUCACACAGAUUUCUCCUCAAAAAUUAACUCUCAGGCUGCGACCAGGACAUGAAGAAACGAUACAGAUCAAGGUUCGCCAGACUGAAGAUUAUCCAAUUGAUCUCUAUUACCUCAUGGAUCUUUCAGCCUCCAUGGAUGAUGAUCUGAAUACAAUCAAAGAACUGGGUUCAACUCUUUCUAAAGAAAUGUCAAAACUGACAAGCAACUUCAGACUGGGGUUUGGAUCUUUUGUUGAAAAACCAGUUUCACCAUUUAUCAAAACUACAGCUGCAGAAAUAAACAACCCUUGCAGAAGUGUACCAUAUGAGUGCUUACCCACCUUUGGAUAUAAGCAUGUUUUGCCGCUAACAAAUGAUGCUGAAAAAUUCAAUGAAAUCGUGAAAGUACAGCGAAUCUCUGCUAAUAUAGACACUCCAGAGGGAGGAUUUGAUGCAAUUAUGCAGGCAGCUGUUUGCAAGGAAAAAAUCGGAUGGAGGAAUGAUUCUCUACAUUUGCUGGUGUUUGUGAGUGAUGCUGAUUCCCAUUUUGGGAUGGACAGUAAACUGGCAGGAAUUGUUAUUCCUAAUGAUGGGAACUGUCAUUUGGACCACAAUAAUGAAUAUUCCAUGUCAACUGUUCUGGAGUAUCCCACAAUUGGACAAUUAAUUGACAAACUUGUGCAAAACAAUGUUCUAUUAAUUUUUGCUGUAACAAAUGAGCAAGUUCACACAUAUGAGAACUAUGCAAAACUUAUUCCUGGAGCUACCGUUGGACGACUACAGAAGGAUUCUGGAAAUAUUCUCCAAUUGAUCAUUACUGCAUAUCAGGAGCUAAGGUCUGAGGUGGAGUUGGAGAUCCUGGGAGAGACAGAAGGGCUCAAUCUCUCCUUCACGGCCAUUUGUAACAAUGGGACCAUUUUUCCACAUCAGAAGAAAUGCUCUCGCGUGAAAGUGGGAGAUACAGUCUCUUUCAAUGUGACUGUAAGUCUCCCCUCUUGUGAUAAAAACAGAAGGCAUAUCAUGGUAAAACCUGUGGGGCUCAGUGAUGUGCUGGAAAUGGAAAUACAUCCCCUAUGCAGCUGCAACUGUCAGGCAAAGGCCGAGAUGAACAGCCCAAAAUGCAACCAAGGGAAAGGAUCAUUCGAGUGUGGGGUGUGCGUCUGCAGCCCGGGGUAUGUGGGGCCGCACUGUGAGUGUGACGAGAGCUCCCUGGGCACCAGUUCCUGCAAGGGCUCAGCUGGUCAGAGCUCCUGCAGCGGGAGAGGCGACUGCUACUGCGGGCAGUGUGUGUGCCACCCGUCCCCGUACGGAAAGGUGUACGGGCCUCACUGCGAGUGUGAUGACUUCUCCUGUGGGAGGCACAGAGGGCUUCAGUGUGGAGGCAAUGGUGACUGUGAUUGUGGGGAAUGCAAGUGCCACAGUGGAUGGAGUGGUGAAUACUGUAAUUGCACAACUGACACCAGCGCCUGCAUUGCUGAGGAUGGGACACUGUGCAGUGGGAGAGGAGAAUGCAUCUGUGGGACAUGUGCUUGCACCCAUCCAGGGACUUCAGGCCAAACAUGUGAAAAAUGCCCUCUCUGCGGUGACUCUUGCAGUUCCAGAUGGAGCUGUGUGGAAUGUCACUUGGCUUCAGAUGACAAGUCACUGGGAGAUUGCAGUGAAAAAUGCAAAUUGGUUGAUGCAACUGUCAGCAUUGCAAAGGAUUAUUCAGAGGAUAAAUCCAUUUCCUGCUCUUUGCAGGGGGAAAAUGAAUGUAUAACCACAUUUCUACUGGCUGUGGAUGAACAGGGAAGGACAGUCAUUCACAGCAUAGAACAGAAAGAUUGCACACAACUUCCAAAUAUCCCAAUGAUAAUGGUGGGUGUCACCCUUGCUAUCCUUCUCAUUGGUAUUGUUUUACUUUGUAUAUGGAAAUUGCUGGUGUCAGUUCAAGACCGAAAAGAGGUGGCCAAGUUUGAAGCAGAAAAAUCAAAAGUUAAAUGGCAAACGGAAACAAAUCCACUGUACAGAGGCUCAACAACCACUUUUAAAAAUAUAACUUACAAGAACCAAGAAAAGCAAAAAGGGGCCAUGGCUGCAGAUUUCUACUAGCACCUCCAACACUACAAACUUAGUUAUCCUGGCAGGGAAUCUAAAAACACCUGUUUCUUCUCAGCUGAUUAUGUGAUAUAUUUGUUUUCACCUUGCAGUGGUAUAACUGUUCUGUUGGAGAAAAUAUAUCUUGUGUUGGGAAAAAUACAGAUAUCAUAUUAGACAUAAAGGUUGGUAGAAAUAUUAAAAAAUUGAAUUCUUUACUAUUAAGCUCCCAUCUUAAAAAAAUGGCAUCACAAAUAAUUUUGUCAUUAAUACUGAGGAUUAAAAAUUAUCAUAUGUAAGCCUAUUUUUGUUAAAUUAGGUAUUUACAAUGAGCUUUACACUACUUUGUUCAUACAAACAAUCCCAUAUAUUUAUGUUUAGGAAUGUAUUUGUACCAGUCUAUCUGGUGGGCUGAUUUAAAUUUAAAAAAGAUUUUUUUUCAUGAAUGAACUACUGAGGAUAGAGCUUCCUCAUACCACCUGUGUGACUGAAUAGUUUUUCAUCAGAAAAAAGUAGUGUUAUUGACUGUUUUAUGUGUCUAAGUUAUACAGAAGCAUUUCCUCUCUGAUUCUUCUUUCUUGUCCUGUUUCCCUCUUUCCUUGUCCUUGUUGCCGUUUGAUGUUCUUUAAGAACCCAGUCCCUGGGGUUUUCUCAGGGAAAGCUAAGACAAGCCUUAUUCACUUGCAGUGAAUACUUUUCUCCUCCAGGCAUAGACUGUUUUUUUUUUUUCCUUUAAAUUCUAGUAGAAAGGAUCCAGAACAAAAGGUAAAUAUCUGUAAAUUAGAGGUCCCAGUAGAGACUCUUAAACCAGAGGAUUACCAGAACUCCAUUUCACCAUUUGCAUCCUGUGAAUGGUUUAGACACUCAAAAUAAACCUCACAUGCUGGCCUAUCACACAAACUGGUUCAGGAGCCCUUUACAUGCAGAAAAUGUUCACACAAAAUACUCAGGAUCACACACAAAGACAGUACUUUUUUGUUGAUAUAUCCAAAAUUUUGAGGUUUUUUCAAUGCCCAGCAGCCAAACUGUUUAGUCAUAUGUGAAAUAACAUAUUCAGCUCUUUUGGGCUGGGUUGUUUGGUUAUUUUCCCCCAAACUAAGCAAGAAACAGAUCUAUGGAUUUCACUUCAUAUUCAUUUACAUCAUGUUAAUGAGGAUUUUUAAAUCUCAGUUUUAGCUAGUUACAGAUGACUUGCCAUAAAUAUUUAAAUUGUAAUGCUGUUAUCAUGCAUAGCACCAGGUAAAGAAGCCCCAAAAAGCAGCUAACAUGCUGGCAUAGAAAAAUUACAGCAUUUGGCUAUUUUAAGAUACCACUAAUGUACUUUACUUUUUAAUAUCACUUUUCAGCUACAUUUUUUGCUACUCUGAAACAGGUGGUCAAAAGGUACAUAUGAAGGUACUUAGAAAAGAAAACAGAAAUCAAAGAAACAUUGACACAGUCACAAACAAUCACAUACAUUCCCUGUGGUAAAUCAUGUGUUUGAUCUAAAAAAAAUUAUGUCCAUUUUGUAAUAAAUAUUUACAAAGUCUGUGCAGCUUCAGACUCCAUAUCUGCUACAGUUUCUGGAAGUGAGACUGACCCAUGCCUGUUCUAGGGCCUGAUCCAAAGCCUACUGGAGUCAAUGGCUACAGAUGAGGAUCUAGUUUCAGUGAAACUAUUAGUUUUCGUUUACAAAGAUUGUUUUGUUUAAACAAACUGAUUAAUACUCUCUGUAAGUGGAUUAGAACUUAUAUACUUCUGUGCAAAGAGAAAUAGUAUCAGAUGCUUUUGGAAAGAAGGUGAUGCAAUAUCCAUUUUCAUUUUCAUGGCUAAGCUUCGCGAACGAAGUAAGUACAAAAAUAUAGCAGUAUGAUGGAAAUGAUGUCUGUUAUUAUACUGGAACAGAUUCACAUCUGUACUCUUUGGUAUUCCUGCAUAUCUCAUUGUGGAAACUGUGCACAGAUAAAAACUUGCAUCUGUGGCCCUUCCAACCGCUAGACUCCCACAGAUAUCAGUGCAAGUUACAUGUGGGAUCAAAUCCUGUUUCCCUGGCACGUGGAUAAACUCAUGGGAUGCAAAGCUGGCCCCUGAAUCUGCUUAGAUACUACUUGGGUCAGGAUUGCCUAAGGGACUAGGGAAAUCUGGAUUUAGCCCAUGUAAGUAAUCUGUUACUCUUUUGUUUCUCACGCAGAAGUCAUCAAAUUAUAAACUUUCUCUGAAAGACAUGAAAAUAUUUUUAUUACUUUUUAAGUAAUAAAAAUCUAUAGUGUUUAUUAAAUACCAUUUAAGUUCUGUUUCUGAGAAGGCUGAUUCUGUUGCUCAAUAUUAGGGUUGAAAGCCUUUCUUCUGUAGGUCACCCAUUUCAAUAUUGCAACAUAUCUCAGUAUUCAAAUGUUAUUAAAAGGGUGGUGUUUGCAUUUCAUAUCAAAUGCUUGGUGGUCUACAUUCCAUGUUCCUACAGGAGAUCUUGUUUCACAAAGCUUCUUGCUCUCUUCUUGUCACUUGCAUCUUCCGGUCAUCAUCAAGGAUCCAAUUUGGUAUGUAGACAAUGUUUACAGCCCAAUUACUCCUCCUAACAAUCUCUCUCCAAAUUAUCAAAGAUGUAAUGAAAUCAGGAAGUAUGAUUUGCAAUUUCCCUGCUGCAAUGACUGUACUAUAAAUUUUCUGUCCACCUUCCGAACUGUCAGGAUGGAAAUCACUCAAAUAAUUAGGAAUUCAUGAGAAGAGAGAAAAUAGAAGGGCUUGGUGAGGAAGGUUUCUGUUAUUGAGGGAUAUCAAAUAACUAGAUUCAUUCAUAUGAGCCAUUCUUUUACCAGCAUUAAUUUAGAUUUCAACUAAACUCCCAGAUUUCAAGAACUUUCAAGAUCUUACUUGGCAUUCACCCUAGAGAUAAGAGUGAUGUUCAUCCUUCUGUAUUAACUAUAUCACUUUCAUCUUGUAGCAUUUGUAUCAAAGUUCAUAUUUUUCUGUCUAUUCUAUUUUCCUCCACCAAACUAUAAGUGGGUUUGUGUGUGGUGAGUGGGAUGAAAAAGUCUUUCUGCUGUUUUCACAAAUACUGUUUUGGCCUGAGGCUGGACCUUGAGAGUGGACAAAACAUUUUUUAAUAGUAAUACUACUGUUCACUGAAGAGUUAAACUGAAUUAAAGAAUAAUCCUUAGCAAUUUUAGGGUAUUUGUGUAUCUUUUACAUCCUAUAGCAUAGUAAUUUCAGUAAUGUAUGUUAAAUGGAUAAUUUUUGUUUGAUUUAUAGAAGUUGCAUGUUGGUUGGUAUUUUACAUGUCCAGAUUGCAUUCAACUUUGUUUUGUGAUAUAACAAGUGGGUAAUGAGUCUGGGAUACAGGACUGAGAUGUCAAGUGCAACUCUCCAUGUCUCAUCUGUCUUUAUGUAGAAGUUCAAGUCCGUUUUGCAGUGGGCAUGAAAAUUACCACACACAGUCUAAAAGUAAAAAAAAAAAGACAAUUUUUAGCUUCAUCCAUUUGAAAGAAACCGGUAAAUGUCUCAACUUGUUUGUGUAAAAAAAGGAGUUAUCUGACCUUGAAUAAAGAUUGUAAAAUUGAA